UCUCAGAUUGCUUAACGUUAGGUUACCGUCAACAGCUAUUUUCUUAACCGGACGAUGGAGACUCCGAAUUCAGACGGUUUAUGUGAUCGCUUCGUGACUGGGAAUUCAGAAAUUGAUAACUGGAUUUGGAUCAUCGAGUAUCUUGCCAAAUUCAAAUCUGAGCUUUGGAUGUUGCAUGAUGUCUUUGAAAUGGGUCCGAAGCUUCCAGAUUACUUGGGUGAACAAACCAAUGAGAUGGUAGCUUUCAGAUGCUUGGCUUCUUUGUUUGAUUCUGAUGUUGCUGUUGUUGUUUCUGAUGCUAAUUCAAAGGUCGAGUUUGAUUCGUCUGAGAGUUGUGAAUAUGUUCUUCAAUGUAUAUUGGAUGAGAUACCUUUAUCGGAACUGAGACUAGGGGCACCGGGACUAUCAAAGUGGAAUCUUCUACCCUUUAUCAAAAGCAAGCUUCUUUGUCUGCCUAAAUGUGCUUUGGAACUGAUGCUUGAACCAUCAUCCUAUGAGAUGGAUACUGAAGUAUUAUUACCUUGUAAUGAGGAAGAGACUUUGAGAAGUGGUGGCAAAGAGACUGAACAAGAUAUUCCUUCAGGGGCUGAACCAGAUCUUAUGGAGAGAACAGAAGGCGGACAAUCAUUUUUUCGGGACAUUGGAGAUGGGGCUGAUGAGAUUAGUAGACCCGAUGUGUUGUUCGAUAGAAGAACGGAAGGAAUUCAAAACGAGAGCGAUGGUCGUUUGUCAAGUCCCGUGGAGAAAGUAUACAGAUGCAUACAGUGCAAAGAAAGUGGGAUGCUCUUGUUUUGUUCUAAAGAUGGCUGUGAAGUUAUGGUUCAUCAGAAAUGUUUGAAAAUGCCACCUGAUUAUGAUGACGCUGGAAACUUUUACUGUUCUCUCUGUGCUGUUACCUGUGCUCCAGCUGAGUUUCUCCAAUCGCAAGAUGAAGUUGCUAAAUCAAGGAAGAAACUAGUUUCGUUUCUUAGACUGGUUUCAGAGGUUAAUAAGAAGAAAUCUAAAGAGGGAACCUGAACACUUUGUAGGAUAAAGCCUUCAUUAUAAAUAUUUUUAGAUUGUAAACAAAGGACAAAUACAUAUGCACUCAGUAUCUCCUCUUUGUUACAAUUUUCCGAUGUAAAUACUAAAUAUACAAAGGAGAAAAUUUUCUAGUCA